AUGUACAACGGCAGAGGUUCUCCGCAUAGAUAUCACUGGAACCCCUGCAGUCCUAGCCCAAAUAGGGAUCCUUUAUACAGGGGAAGGUUUAACAGUCACUCUAGAUCACCAAUCACUUCAACACCUCCAUUUGGCAGCGGGAGAUUUCCUCGAUGUCCACAAGACUCUUUAGUUUGUUGGAGUCCACCCGUAGGUUGUCCAUCUUAUUAUGUUGACAGUCCCCCCGCACGUUAUGGUUCGCCGAAUUUCAACCAACCAUCUUAUCACCGAACCUUUGAUUCUCCCGCGAACUCAUAUGCCUCACACUCACCAUUUAUGUCUAACUGCAAUCCAUCUAUGAAUAUCCACUCUGGUUCAAUUUCUAGUAGUUCUUUGAUAUCGACUCAAGAUGACUCGAGUUGGAAGUAUGGCACUUCUCAGCAUAAUUCUUCAGUAUUUGAUAUUAGUUCAAGAUCACCACGAAAUAGUAGCAGAAAAUUCAAUGAGAAUAACCGUCCAUUCAAGAAUUGGAUUGCAUCCAGUUUAUCAGACCCUUGGGAAGGAAUGAAACCAGUCCGUACACCACAUUCCGGUUAUUUAGUUGAUAAGCCGCCUGCACAAAGACAUACUGUUUUGUUUGCUCCUCAUGAACGUCGGAGAAGGUUAGAGGUAGAUGAUGAUGAGGCAGUGACGAUUAGUCCGACAAAGCAACUUCAAAGAGUUUGUUCUAAUUAG